AUGAGGGACGCUCCCGUGCAGCACUGGAAUCUGGGAAUAGGGCCUAUUACGUGUCAUGCGUGGAACAAGGACCGAACACAGAUUGCCGUUUCUGCUUCGAGCAAUGAAAUCCACAUUUUCGCAUGGCGAAAUGGUGACUGGGUAAACACAUGCACACUGAGUGAGCAUGACCUACCAGUCACCGGCCUUGAUUGGGCUCCCAACACCAACAGAAUAGUGUCUUGCUCGAGAGAUAAAAACGCUUUCGUCUGGACAUUCGACAAAGGUGUUUGGAAGCCGGAGUUGGUGCUGGUCCGAUUUCAACGUGCUGCGACCUGCGUAAAGUGGUCGCCGGAAGAGAACAAGUUCGCGGUCGGGAGUGGAUCGAAACUGGUUUCUGUCUGCUAUUAUGAGCGAGAGAAUGACUGGUGGGUGGCAAAACAAAUCAGAAAACCCAUCCGAUCGACAGUAAAUUGUAUUGACUGGCAUCCCAACAAUGUCCUGCUUGCUGUAGGAGCUUGCGAUUUUCGUGCACGAGUAUUUUCGGCAUGGGUGAAGGAGGUAGAUGAGAAACCAUCGCCAAACCCUUGGGGCUCGAAAAUGCCAUUCGGACAAUUGAUGGCAGAGUUCCAAAUAUCUGGUUGGGUUCAUCACGUAUCGUUUUCGCCGUCUGGAUGCAGACUUGCCUUUGUUGCUCAUGAUUCCUCCAUAUCCUACGUGGACGCCAACCAAGGCCAUGACUGCUCUCCUGUUCUAUUUACUGUUACCGAUAGUGGUCUGAAAGAAGUUUGUAAAUUGGAUGUUCCAUCAGAACAACAAGUAUCGUCUGUAAACUCAGCCCUACAGAUGUUCCGCAACAUUGACAGAAAUGCGGCUUCCGAGCAAGUCAAUGUCCAGCUGAAAACACUUCAUCAGAAUAUGAUCACGCAAAUUUUACCACAUUCUGGGAGUAGGAAUAAUAUUCUCAAGUUCACCACAUGCGGAACUGAUGGUCUCAUCGCGCUCUGGGACUUGAAGGACUCCAUCGAGUAUUGCCGGAGCAAAGCUGCAGCAGUUCAUUAA